GCGUGUGUGAACUAAGAUUGGUGGACAGUCGCUCGUCAUGCAACGCAGUUGUCGAUCAAGCGCGCAAUGCGAAGGCGCUAACGGUACAUAUGUGAACACAUGGUUGAUUGUUUUGACGUGUUUUUAUAAAACGGAUAAACAACCAACGGUCACUGAUCCGUAAAGAACGACUGAGAGACACGCGGUACGUUACGCCACGGUAAGCGUUUUAGAAUGUCCCACGAUGGGUGUUUCAGGUGAUGGUUCUGGACGGGUUCGGUUGCGGGAAGAGUCUGAGCGCGGCGGCAGCCCAGGGGAAUGUGGUGGCGGUUCGGCGGAUUUUGCAGGAUCGCCGGGUCGAACCGGACACUCUCAACGAGUUCGGGAAAACAGCACUGCAGGUAAUGAUGAUGGGCUGCACCAGUGUGGCACGUGUGCUACUGGAACACGGUGCUGAUCCAAAUGUGCAGGAUCGCUGUGGGGUGACUCCCGCGCACGAUGCCGCCCGCACGGGUUUCUUGGAUACGCUACGAGCUCUGGUGGAGCACGGCGCCUCCGUCAACAUCCCUGACCACAGCGGAUCCAUACCCAUCCACAUCGCCAUCCGCGAGGGCCACUGGGAUGUGGUGGAGUACCUGGCACCCCUAUCAAACCUGAGUCAUCGGGACAGCAGAGGGGCUAAUGCGCUGGACGUGGCCCGCGCCGCACGCGCUCCAGAGAUGGUGGAGGUUUUGGAGCCUAUGAUGAAUUAAAGGACUUUAAAUGGUUCCGUUCGUUUUGUUGGGAGCCCUCAAUGCUCAGGCAUAGAUUGGGAUUUGUUUUCAUAUGUUUGUUUGUUACAUAUGUUUAAUAGUUGUUUGCUUGAUUAUAACAUUAGCUGGAAUAUGUAGCAACAGUUUGCACAGAGCAAAUCCCUGCACUGGAUCGUCAUGUACACUCAUGUUGUUGGGCUUUGCCAGGCACAAAUGUAAAUAGCCCUUUUGAGUAUUUAAAAACACAUUUCUGUGCAGAAACUUUAACUGUUAACUUUUUAGAUUCUAAUGAAAUGAUUUGAAGCCCUUUGGGCGUCAUGCACUGAUAAACAUGUAUAAUAUUCGCUGUGUGUGUUUGUUUGUGUGUGUUUGGAGUAAUGUCUUGUGCAUGUUGUUGAUUAACAUCUGUAAAUAACAUUUUAUGAUUUUUAUUUGGCUUAUUUAUUUAAGUGUGUAUAGAAACAUAUGUUUACUGUGGAAUUUCACAUUUUAUUUAUUAUGGUGUUUAAUGAACUACAGAAUUGUGAAUUGUUAGUUGUUUUAUCUGUAAGAUGACGUCAUGUUGCCAACAGAUUGCUCCCUCAUGAAGAACAUGAGUGAAAUA